GCCUUACACACCCAAACCCAAAGCUGCAUUCACAACUUCUCACCCCUUUUUCCAGCAAUCAGUCCCACCGAUCAAGAUGGCAAAGGACAAAAAGGCCAAAAGCGAGUCCAAAAAGGCCAAGCUGGCUGAGAAGAAGCAGAAGCAGGAGAAAAAGGCCGAGAAGAAGGCGAAAGUAAAGGCAUCCAAGAUGGAAGGCAGCGACGUCGAGGAUGUGGAUCUGGAUGCCGUGCUCGAGGAAUAUAAGAAGCAGCAGGAGCAGUUCCUCAAGAUUACCGAGACUGUUGCCGAUGGGCCGCCCCGGGCCAGGUCGGCGGCCACGUUCCUGGCGAACCCGUCCAACAGCAACCAGCUGCUGCUCUUUGGCGGCGAGUACUUCAACGGCUCACUGGCUACCUUCUUUAACGACCUAAUGAUCUACUACAUCGACCGCGAUGAGUGGCGCUGCGUGACCUCUCCCAACGCCCCGCUCCCGCGCAGCGGGCAUGCCUGGACACGGGGGGGCAACCAGGCCAACGCCGUCUACCUCUUUGGCGGCGAGUUCAGCUCGCCCAAGCAGGGCACCUUCUACCACUACAACGACUUCUGGAAGCUGGACCCCACCACGCGAGAAUGGACCCGCCUCGAGCCCAAGGGCAAGACCCCGCCGGCCCGGAGCGGCCACCGCAUGACCUACUUCAAGAACUACAUCAUCCUCUUUGGCGGCUUCCAGGACACGGCCAACCAGACAAAGUACCUGGCCGAUCUGUGGAUAUACGACACGACCAACUUUGUCUGGCACAGCCCCGUCCUGCCGCCCGCGCAGCUCAAGCCCGACGCCCGCUCUUCUUUUACCCUCCUCCCGCACGAGCAAGGCGCCGUUCUGUACGGCGGCUACUCGCGCGUCAAGACCACCGCCCCGACGAACAAGAACUCCUCUCGCCCGCAAGCCGCAUCGGGUGGAGGCGGGGGAGGACAAAGGAACGUGCUGCGCCCGCUGAUCCACACGGACUGCUUCUUCCUGCGCAUCACGCCGCCGCCGGCCGACGCGCCCUCCGGCACGCCGCCCACGGUGCGCUGGGAGCGCCGCAAGAAGCCUGCCAACGCGCCCAAUCCGCCCCGCGCGGGCGCCACCAUGGCGUUUCACAAGGGCCGCGGCAUCCUGUUUGGCGGGGUCCAUGAUGUGCAGGAGAGCGAGGAAGGGAUUGAGAGCGAGUUCUUCAACACGCUGUUCGCGUGGAAUGUCGAGAGGAAUCGCUUCUUCCCGCUGGUGCUGAGGAAGCCUAGGGCUGGGAAGGCCGGGGGUGGGAAAGGGGGGGAGAGGGGUCCUGUGGGUGGCCGCAGGGCGAGGGCGCAGGCGAAUGAAGAGGAGUUGUUGAGGCAGUUGGCUGCUUUGCGGGCGGGUGUUUCGGUGGAUGAGGUGGAUGGUAUGGAGGUGGAUGCGGAUUCGGGGGUCAAUAAUAAGGGGGAGGAGAAGGAGGACAACGGCGGCAAGGUGGUCAGGGACAUGCCCGUGAGCAUGGAGCUUCCGCAUCCGAGGUUCAAUGCCCUCCUGGCGGUGCAGGACGAUGUGUUGUACAUCUAUGGCGGCACGUUUGAGAAGGGCGAUCGCGAGUUUACGUUUGACGACAUGUACGCGAUUGACCUGGGCAAGCUGGAUGGGUGCAAGGAGGUGUUUAGCCGGCCGGUGGAGGACUGGAUUGCAUCUGACGAUGAGGAUGAAGACGAAGAGGAAGACGAGGAGGACUACGAGGACGAUGAGUACGACGAGGAAGGCGAUGUGGAGAUGGCAGAUGACGAGUCCAAGGAGCAGCCAUUUACACCGAGCAAGAGGAGGAAGAAGCAGCAGGGAGCUGAUGAAGUCUCUAAUGUUGAUACUGCUGACACUGCGAUAUCACCUGCUCCGGCAAAGGAGGAGGAGGAAACCGAGUCUGCUGCAGCACCGGUCGACGACGGGUUACCGCACCCGAGGCCAUUCGAAUCCCGCCGCGAUUUCUUCCAGCGCACGUCCAACGAGUGGCAGGAGAUCCUCAUGACCAGGCUCCGGUGGAAGGGCAUCCAGCCCGAGUCGCUUACCGUCAAGGAGAUCAAGGCCAAGGCGUUUGAGCUCAGCGAGGAGAAGUGGUGGGACUGCCGCGAGGAGAUUACGGCGCUCGAGGACGAGCAGGAGGCGGCGGGCAUCGGGGAGGUGGUUUCGCUUGCCGACAGGGGCGAGUCCGGGCACGGCGCCGGUGCUGGUGUUGGUAGUGGAGCUCGGAGGAGAUACCAACACUAUUCUCACCAAACAGUCAUGCCACUGGGAUUUGAGCGACUCAACGCCAAACGUUCGCAGCCGAAUGACCGCAUCGUCUUCAUCAAGCCGCUCAAAGGCCCGGACGAGGAGAUAGCACGAGAUUUCCUGGAGAGAAUUGCAGCGCAAUGUCUGCCAAUCAUGCGGGAACAUCAUCUCACGGUCAUGUCGCUCGAGGAAUACGAGCCGAAUGCCGAGUUUGUCGGCCGGAAUUUCAACGCUGGCGAGGUCAUCCAGCUGGUGCUCAAAGCGCGCGGCUCGGGCCACUGGCUACCCUUCAACUAUGUGCAGAUGGUCAUGAUGCAUGAGCUGGCCCAUUGCAAGCAAAUGAAUCACUCUCGGGCGUUUUGGGCGGUACGGAAUCAAUACGCAGAGCAAAUGAGGCAGCUGUGGGCCAAAGGCUUCACUGGCGAGAGUCUCUGGGGGCGUGGCGCUCUCCUCGCUACCGGUGAAUUCGAAAAGAAUACAAUCACAGCCGGCGAAGUGCUGCCAGAACAUCUUUGCGGCGGGACAUACCGAUCCCGAGGCAGAAAACGGAAGGCCAAGAAAACGCUCACCUACAAGGAACAGAAAGAGCGCCGGAUCCUCAAGAAGUUUGGAGCAAACGGCGUCACGCUGGGCGAAGAUGCCGAGGUAAAGAGGAAACUGGAAAAGGGCCGCAAGGUGGCAGCCAAACCACGAGUAGCGUCAAGCGCGCGAGGCCGGGAGCUAAGGGCGGCCGCCGCCUUGGCUCGAUUCGAACAGCAGAAAAAGGAGGAGACUGUUGAAGAGGAUGAGGGAUCCGAAACCGAGAGCGGGGAUGACUAUGAGGAGGACACCAAAUCCGAACCGGAUGCCGUCGACCUGGACGGGAAGAAGCUUCUGGACUCCAAAGGCAGGGGGAUGGUCAGAGUUUGCGAAGACGAGGACCUCGAGGAUCAAGACGCUCAGCAGGAGCUACGCGAGCUACAGAGUUUUGGGUCACACAAGCCCUCUGCUAAGCCGCCAGGCCAGAUUUUCGAGUUCAAUCGCAGCAAAGCGCCUAGUACACCGAACAGCACGGCAAACAAGCAAGAAAAGCUCUCCGACGGCAAGACGGCGAAUCCGAAGCCACCGAUAUCAAAUGGUCCGCCUCCUCCGCGGACCAGCUCUGAGGUCCCGCAAUCCUGCCCUGUAUGUUCGGUUGUUAAUGAGCCGCCUGCGGCUACUUGCGCCAUGUGCGCCAACGUCCUUGACCCGGACAAAAUACCCGACGCAUGGGUGUGCAGGAGCACGGCAUGUCAAGACAGCGGCUAUCGAAAUGCUGGAGACUGUGGCAUUUGUGGUAUAUGCGGACAACGGAGGUAACACCAGGUCGCGUUGUGGGAUUCCGGUUCCGCAACUUCGGGCAGAUUCUGUGGUCAAUUCGGUGAUCCUGAUAUCGUUAGAGUAUGUGUAUGCCACACGGCGAUGAAUAUGCCCGGGACUUGUGAGGAAGACGGGGCUGUUACUCCGUAUUUCUCAUUGAUAACCCAAGAUCUUGUUGGGUGAAUGGGUGAACAGUUUGCUCGCUAAAGCAUCGGCUAUAGUGUCCUCGACGAUCGACGUUCGGUUUUGAUAUUUGAAUGUUCCCACAGCGAGGAACCACUGGCUCUGGAGCUUCUGCAGCAUUUUGGUCUCCACCUCCUCGCUGUGAGGGUGCCCUCGGAGGAUACACGCCCGCUCUUGUGAAACGCACAACCAACCAUUGACGAAGAGCUGCCUGUCCCCAAGGCUUUCCCUUGUUUCUGUGACCAACCACCUUACCAAAAGCCCCUCGAGCGGUUUUGCUGCAACCAGGACAGCAAACCAUGGCAUUUGC